GUGACUGGAUGCCGGUGAGUCCUGCAUGUAUACCUACAGCACAGGUCAAAAGCAGGGUAUAUAUAUAUAUGUGCACUUGUGCAGGGAAGCAGACGGGCAGUCUCCGAGGAUCAACACAACUCAGGAGCUGCAAAGAUUUCAUUGCCCGGCCAUGAGUGUCAUUAAUAUUGGUCCAGACCCAUCUCUGGCAUAUCGGCCGAACUUGGAGAGAAAUGAAAACAAAGAGAAGGAAGACUACAGAAAUUUUGAGAAUGGAAGCCUGAUUGACCGAGUCUUCAGGACGUAUACGUUGAUGCACACCAACCAAACCCUGGACUUUGUAAAGAAAAAGCACUAUGAAUGGAUCAGCUGUAACCACACUCAGAUGGGGAUGAUGGACGCCGUCAUGUCCCUGGACCAGUUGGUGGAUGAGUCCGAUCCUGACGUGGACUUCCCCAACUCCUUUCACGCCUUCCAGACCGCAGAGGGUAUCCGCCAAGCCCACCCUGACAAAGACUGGUUCCACUUGGUGGGUCUGAUUCAUGAUGUCGGGAAGAUCAUGGCUCUUUGGGACGAACCUCAGUGGGCAGUCGUGGGCGACACCUUCCCUGUGGGAUGCAAGCACCAAAAAUCCAUUGUGUUCAGAGACAACACCUUCCUUGAAAACCCAGAUGAAAAAAAUCCCACCUACAAUACUGAACAUGGGAUCUAUGAACCAAACUGUGGGCUGGACAACGUCCUCAUGUCCUGGGGCCAUGAUGAGUAUCUCUACAGAGUUCUGAAGUUUAACAAGUGCCAGAUCCCAGAGGAGGGUCUGUACAUGAUUCGGUUCCACUCAUUCUACCCCUGGCACUCCCACGGAGACUACACGCACCUGUGCAACGACAAAGACCUCAGUAUGAUCCCCUGGGUCCAAGAGUUUAACAAAUUUGACCUGUACACAAAGACCACCGACAUGCCCGAUGUUGACAAACUGAAGAGCUACUACCAGUCUCUGAUUGACAAGUACUGUCCUGGAAAACUGAAGUGGUGAAACAGACGACAAAGAUCUCAAUGAUGAAAAUGAUAUGCUUUAUAUUAUACUAUAGCUGGAAUUAUCGUUAUCACAGAAUAUAUCCUGAGCAGCUGUAUAUAAAAUCUUGUGCACACACACAAAGUUCUUAAAAUGAAACUGGUGGAUAUGUAACCUCAUUACGACACAUAUUCAAUACAAAGUUAAAGAAAAGCAUUUUUAUUUCAUGGCAUUUUCAUCUUCUAAAAAAAACUGUACUGUUUUAAGUACUGCAAUAUUUGGUGUGAAUUUUCCAUCUCGAUUACUGAGAAUGAAAAAGGACACAGUAAUGUGAAAACAAAGAAAAGGUGCAGAGUUACUGUAAAGUUCUGUGCAUACAGCAAUAGAGGCAAGGAACAAACACAGCACAAACACGCACAAACCCAGACAUACACAAACACAACAACACGAGUGCAACCACACUUUACAAAAACAGAAGUGGCACAGUAACAUGGAAAAAACAGAAGCAUUCUUAUAUUUCAAAUUCAGUGUUUCUACUUUGAUUCCACAUGAUUUGAUUUGCUGAAUAAAUGUCCCUUUGAAAGUUGAGCAAUCCAAUAAGGAAAGUUUUAAAAUGUGUGAUCUGUAACAUGAGCUCUGUUGAAUAAAAACCAAUGAUCCACAGUGA